AAUUCCUUCCUGGAGUCUGUUCCGCAGUGGUUUAGCACUUUCGGUCUUGUCGCAGCUGGAAGGGGUCUCCUCAAGCAAGAGGAAGAGCUUUACAGGUAUGUAUAUGACUCUGUCAUUAUUUUGCAUGUCGUUCCGAUUACGUCGUUGCUUUCCUUUUCUUCUGGCUUUUAUGUCAUCUCUGGGUCCCUCGGGCACUACUAGUUCCCCAUCGUGCUUCACUGCCUCUGUUGGUUUGUUCCUGGACCAACUUCCCAGUGGCACCCGCUUGUGGGGACCUUUUUUUCACUUUUCAUUUUUCAUUUUUUUUCUUUUUUCCUCCCUGCACCUGACUCCUACUGAGAGGGACCCGAAAUGGAAGACCUCGAAAGGGAAGGGCAAACCAGAGCAGUGAGAAUGGGAUAUGAGAAAGAGUGUGUGAGCGAGUGUGAGAGAAAGAGAGAUGCAGCAGAACAUCUGAAGGGAUUGAGAGCCACCCCGAUGCCUUUGCUUCCCUUGGGAUCUGGGCGGCUUCUUGAUUACCAUAUGAUUCCUGCACCCCUGUUGUCGUCGUAUCAGAACC